AUGGUUCUUCACAACCCCAACAACUGGCACUGGGUGAACAAGGAUGCCUCCGGCUGGGCCAAGGACUACCUUAAGGAGAACCUCUCCGUCCUCUCCGUCGAGGAGAAUGGAGCCUCUGCCAAGAUCUCCAACCUGCUGAGCAUGGAUGGCGAUGUAGACGUCAGUCAGAGAAAGGGCAAGGUCAUCACCUUGUUCGAUGUCAAAGUACAGCUCGAGUAUGAAGGUAAGACUAAGGACGAUGAGUCCGUUAGUGGAAAGAUCACCAUCCCCGAGGUUGCUCAUGACACCGAGGAAGAUGAGUACGUCUUUGAGAUUGAAAACUACUCGGAUUCUCCUUCCAAGCAGGCCGUGAAGGACCUGGUUCGCUCCAAGCUCGUUCCUCAACUCAGACAGGCUUUGGGCAAGUUUGGUCCCGCCCUCAUUGCUGAGCACGGCAAGGACCUCCAACACGCUCCUGGCGUCAACCCUUCCAGCGGAUUCGCUGCUCCCAAGUACCACCCUCAGACUUCCAAGAAGGAAUCCUCUGCCCCUACCACCACCACCACUACUACCGCCGAGAAGGUUUCGGUCAACACUACUACCGUGACCGCUUCAGACGAGUUCCGCACCACGGCUGAGGAGCUGUACAACACCUUCACCGACCCCCAGCGCAUUGCUGCUUUCACUCGCGGCCCCCCUCGCCAGUUUGAGGGCGCUCAGGUCGGCGGAAAUUUCGCCAUCUUCGACGGAAACGUCACCGGCGAGUACACCAAGCUCCAGGCCCCCACCUUGAUUGAGCAGAAGUGGCGUCUUGCCCAGUGGCCCGCCGGUCACUUCAGCACGCUGGAGAUCAAGUUCGAUCAGAACGAUGUCGACGGCGUCACUCAGAUGCGCGUGACCUGGACUGGCGUCCCUGUUGGUCAGGAGGAUGUCACCAAGCAAAACUGGGAUGUCUACUACGUCCGCAGCAUCAAGCAGACUUUCGGGUUUGGCACUAUUCUCUGAGCGCAUCCGCGAAACCAUGACCAUAUCAUGAUCUAAAUUCAGCACUUGGGGGGGUAUGAGGGCGACAACGGAUCCUGUCUACAUCCACGCGUCCUGUAGAAGACGGGGGUAGCGAACUGCUUUUUGGAUUCUUGACAAACUGUGUUUCUGGGACAGGCAAUCUUGCGCCGACUCAUCCUUACCUCACCUGACCUGAUAUAAAACUCCUCCCCUCCAAGCAAAUGGGGGGUAUGCGUCCAACGAAUGCACGAUAGACAGACCAUGAACAUAUUAGUAGAUGAGACAAAUCACGAUAGGAAGAAGACUCUGAAAUUUGCACUUCUACACUUCUGGUAACUGUUACAUACACAUAACACCUCUACUGUUCUUUCUUGCAAUAAUCACUGCUUCAUCAAAACCGAUCUGAAUUUUUGAUCUACCCUAUGUUUUUUCUCUAACACCCAUCUCCAAAGUC